UAACGACUAACGACGUACGCGCAUCUCUAACUCAUCGAGGAGUCGGCUGUUCAAUAUUUAUCCCCAAUUUUUCCAAAUCAAAUUAAGGAACAAGCCGGUAACUUUUUCAGCACAAAACCAAAAAGAGCUACAAACUUUACGAUCGUCAUCAAGAGCAGAGUCAGUUGUUCGAGCCGCAGAGAUCGAUGGCCCUUCGCGAGCUCCAGCGCGAUCUCGAGAACCAAGCCAACGCCCUCAGCAAACUCCAAAAAGACAUCGGCAAAAGCCACCAAGUUCGAAAGCAGUACACAAUACAACUCGGCGAGAACGAGCUCGUCCUCAAGGAGUUGGAUCUGUUGAAUGAUAGCGCGAAUGUGUACAAAUUGAUCGGCCCGGUGCUCGUGAAGCAGGAUCUCGCUGAGGCCAGGGCUAAUGUUCGGAAAAGGAUCGAAUACAUCUCCGCUGAGUUGAAGAGGUUGGAUGGGACUCUUCAGGAUCUUGAGGACCAGCAGAAUAGCAAGAGGGACUCGGUCUUGAAGCUGCAACAGAAGAUUCAAACUCUGCAGGCUGGUAAAUCUAAGGCCUAGGUUUCCUGAUCAGCAAAUCCUUCAGUGGCACGUUGUGCACUCUGUUUACGGCUCCAUAUUCGUUUUUUGACCAGGGUUUUGUUUCUUCAUGUAAGAACACAUGAUAUAUUUGCUAGAACGUUAUUGUGUAUCAAUGUAUUUCAAUCUAUGGAAAGGUUAGUGGACUGUUUAUUUCAUAAUAUUAAUGUGGGUUCUUUUUCACCCUCC